ACCCGGUGACGUCGCCCGCGCUCCCGAACUCCAUUGGCCGAAAGGGGCGGAGGCACCAAUGGGGACGCGGAGAGGAGCCUGGGGUGUCCGCGGAGUGGAGGGGCGCCGAGCGGUGCGAUGGCUCCGAGCGAGGUGGUGGUGCUGGGGCUGCUGCUGGGCGCCCUGGGCAUGGUGGCGUGUGGGUCGCACUCUAUGCGCUACUUCAAGACCAGGAUGACGGAUCCCGGCCCCGGGAUGCCGCAGUUCGUGAUCGUCGGGUACGUGGAUGGCGAACUCUUCGGGAAGUACGACAGUAACAGCCGAUGGGUGCACCCCAUCGCAGAGAUGCUGCCGCAGGAGGACCGGGAGCACUGGGACACACAGACCCAGAAGGCGCGCGACGUUGAGCUGGUUUUCUGCGGGUUCCUGGGCAGGCUGCAGGUGCACUACAACAAAAGUGGAGGGUCUCACACGCUGCAGAAGAUGUUUGGCUGUGACAUCCUGGAGGACGGCAGCAUCCGAGGGUACGAUCAGUAUGCAUUUGAUGGGAGGGACUUCCUCGCCUUUGAUAUGGACACAAUGACGUUCACUGCGGCAGACCCAGUGGCAGAAAUCACCAAGAGGAGAUGGGAGGAGGAAGGGACGUAUGCUGAGAGAUGGAAGCAUGAGCUGGGGACUGUCUGCGUUCAGAACUUGAGGAGAUACCUGGAGCAUGGGAAGGCAGCACUGAAAAGGAGAGAGCGGCCCAAGGUGCGAGUGUGGGGGAAGGAGACCGACGGGAUCCUGACUUUAUCCUGCCGCGCUUAUGGCUUCUACCCGCGGCCCAUCGCCAUCAGCUGGAUGAAGGACGGCAUGGUUCGGGACCAGGAGACCCACUGGGGGGGCAUCAUGCCCAAUAGGGAUGGCACCUACUAUGCCUCGGCUGUCAUCAAUGUGCUGCCAGAGGAUGGGGACAAGUACCAGUGCCGUGUGGAGCAUGCCAGCCUGCCCCAGCCCGGCCUCUUUUUGUGGGAACCGCUGCCCAACCUGAUCCCCAUUGUGGCCGGGGCGGUCGUUGCCAUUGUGGCUGUCAUCGCUGCUGUCGUUGGAUUGGUGGUGUGGAAGAGCAAGUCAGGGUAGGAGAAGAAGGGUUAUGAAGCAGCGCCAGGCCACGAUGGGGUAUCCAGUGGCUCGGCCACAGGUAUAGUGUGGAAUGGGCUCAGGAGGGAUCUCUGUGGUUGGAGUGGUCCCACUUCCCUGUUGGACUCACGUCCGGGACAAUACUGGGUCCAGCACUCCCUGGAGAACCCCCAGGGUGGUGAGUCGGGACAGGGACGUGGCCCACAUGAUACCAUCUCUUCUCACCCCCACAGGAAGUGAACUUUCCAUCUGAGUGCUGUGCUACUUCAGCCAGCCCUGCAUGCAUGUGUUUGGAGUUUGUGGGUGUGUGUAUCUGUGUUUGCUCAACUUCCUGCAUCUCCUCGGGCUGACGCAGUGUGUGCUCCCCUGCUCACACACUGUUUCCAACAGUUAGCACAUGGGUUCUGCCCUGUGCUAGGCGCUCUCCUACCAUGUAGGAUUAUCUUACCUGGUGCCUGUGCCAAUUGUACCCAGGUCGGAAUGCCCCAGUCUCAACUUUGUUCAGCUGCUUUCUUUGUGAAAAGCAGCUCUCAGCGCUGUGCUCAUUGUAGUCAGCCAUUAGCUUCAAAACCUUGUUGGGCAGCUCAUGCCUUGUAUGGAUGCUGCUGACCAGGCUUUGAGCCAAGCUGGCAUGGUUUUGUAAUUUUGCCAUUGGUAUUCCACAUCAUAGCAUCAUGGACAGCCCGGGUAAUUACAGGGUUAAUAGUCCGGUUCUGUGGACUGACAACGAUCCAGAUACCUGCUUCUCGAAAGAGAAGAAGAACUGUGUAUCCCAGAGGACCUCACGGUCAGAGAGGGAAGAUACGGCACUGAAAUCACGGGAUAUGAGUUCCGUGAUCAGGCUCACACUCUCUCUCCGGCAGCCACGCAGAGUGCUGGGUGUGCUUCCGAGCUGUGCACCUUCAUUCAAGCAGACCUUUCGGUUUUGGAAGCUUUCUCUUAUUUUAUAUUAUUUAUAACCCGUACUUUCAAUUCGAUUGUAUUAUAUUGUGUUAUCUUGCAUUCCAAUAUCACGGUUAGUAAAAUAAGUUUUCCACCUUAGAUUGUUGCCACUGCUCUGUUCUUUUUCCCUCUAUGAGCCCAGCUCCCAUUCCCCUGCCCCUGUCCCUUUUCCUUUCCCAUUCUUGGGUGCCAGGGGGCCCACGGGCCCACUGCCGCCCCGUCAUGGGCAUAGAUUGAUCUAGAUUGAGCUAGAUAACCCCGUGACAGCUUUUGGUGGAGAAUGCGGGCAAUCUGAAGCUUUUAACGCUAACAGAGAAAAGAAAGGAUUUCUUUAAGCCGGAGACUGCCAGACUGCAAGGCAGUGCUAGUGUGACCUUCAUAGAUGAGAUUAUAGUCUGGGCAGUCUGCCGAACUCCGGACACUGUACCCAGUAGUUGUUGUUGUUGUUGUUUUUCCCCCAUUUUAGCAGCUACCAGCUAUGGGUCUGCUCUUUAUUGCAGGAGCGUUGUAUAAGGGAUGAAGGACAAUCAUGAUCUUGGGAAAUUAUUGGCCUAUAAUUAACAUCAUGAUUUCGUGCUGUGGAAUUGUGUUCAUAUAUAACCAAAUAAGGGCCCUGAUGGAGACACCUGCCUGGUACCUUUAUGCAAUGUGGUAUCAUUUUAAGUUUGACACUUUCAAACCAGUUUCCAGCCUUCCUUCUCAGUUUGUCACACGUUUUUUCAACUGCCGAUCUGGAGCUCAUACUCACGUGCACGUUUUCAAUCUCCUGGAAUGUAUUCUUCUCCAUUUGUGUUAUGUGGAAGAAGUCUCCUCCAAAACCAGAGAAUGCUGACUGGCAGGGAAUAUGGAGAGGUUUAGGAGAAAUCUUAGAAGCGUGGGGACCCACAAUGUCAUGGCACUCCACUCUUGAACACCUGUGGGAUCCCAGGAAACGAAGCCAGUAUUUGAGUCAGGGAUGGUGCGGCUCAGAUAGAUCGAAGGAGGUACGGCUUAUUUGGGGCUUGGCUUGUGCUUACCGUGCUCUAUGUAAUACUAUUCUGGAGAGAGAGAGUUUCCAAGCAGAGGUUGAAGCCAAAGGGGGAAAUCUCCAAGUCAAAUCUGAUCAGUCACAGGAGACACCAGUAGCAGUGUCAGCUGCCCCUGUGGAAGGCAAGAAAUGGAAGUGGGUGUCCACGCGUCUGGAAUGGAAAAAAGAAGCAGCAGCAGCGGAGGAGGAGGUAGAGGAAGAUCCAGGCCAGGGGGCCUCCUCAGAGCCACGAAAGGCAAAAGCAAAAACCAAGAGACACGGAGAGGCGAGUGAUGAAGAGGAAGUCUCUAUUUCUGUUUGCCGACCUCUGAAGAUGACUGAAAUCCAAGGCUCAAGGAAAGAGUUUACACGGCAUCCGAACAAAACCCUUGUCACCUGGUUGCUUCGCUGUUGGGACGGCGGGGCCAGUAGCUUGUCUCUGGAUGGUAACGAAGCCCGCCAACUAGGAGGCAUUGCCAAAGACUCAUCUAUUGACAGAGGGAUUAGUAGAUGUUUGGAUGGAGCCACCACCCUCUGGGAACGAAUGUUAGUAGCCGUCAGGGAAAGACAUCCCAUCAGAGACAGUCUGAAGCCUGUGAUGUAGAAGUGGGAUACAGCUGAAAAAGGUAUCCAGUAUUUGAGGGAAAUAGCUGUGGUGGGAAUAGUGUAUGACCCUAAUUUUGCUCCUAAUGAUCCACGCCAAGGUCAUGAUCUGGAGAGAGUGAGGACGACGCCUGAUAUAUGGCAGAAACUCACAAGAACAGCACCAGAAAGAUACACCACUACACCAGCAGCAACGUUUGACAGAUACGAGGACCAACAGAGAAGACCCCCAGUUUUGGAAUUAAUUCUUACACUUCAAAAUGAUGAACAAGAUCUACCCCCAACGCACGCUUCCAUUUCAGCCAUCUCAGAAUGAGCAAACAGACUGGAUGAAGUACAAGAGCAAGUGUCUCUGUUGAUUAAUCGUGACGAACCCGUAGUAGUAUCAGAAACGUUUGAUGAAGAUCAGGAUAAGCAAAGGGGCCUAAUGAAAGAACUGAUCAAGCUAAUGAAAAUCCACUUAAUUAAAGGGGAUGGACCCUUCUCCUCACCCGCAUCAUCAAAAAUCUCGGCUACUGAAGGCAAAUUCUUUCCUGCUCAAAUGAGGAACAUUGUAGGAUUGCAUUGUGGAUUGCCUUGUGGCGUCACCUCAGUGACCACAGAGAAGACAUGAGGAAGUGGCAUGACCACACUACUCCUGUACUGCGAGCGCGGGUCAGAGAAUUACAGAACUAAUCAACCAGUGGUGUAGUUGCUCCAGUUACCACAGGUAAUGAAUAGAGGGGCCCUGCCCUCAGUCAGGGAGGGAGAGGGAUAACAGAGUUUAUUGGACUGCGCAGAUCCGAUGGCCUGGCACAUCAGAACCACAGAAAUAUAAGGCUCUGGUGGAUACCGGUGCACAGUCCACUCCAAUGCCCUCAAGUCAUGAAGGACAGAAUCAAUCCGUAUUUCUGGAGUGACUGGGGGCUCUCAAGAACUGACUGUGUUGGAGGCCGAAAUAAGCCUCACUGGUAAAGACUGGCAAAAACACCCUAUUGUGACUGGCCCAGGGGCUCCAUGCACGCUGGGUAUCAAUUCCCUCAGAAGGGGGCAUUUCAAGGAUCCCAAGGGGUAUCGAUGGGCCUUUGGAAUAGCUGCUGUAGAUACAGACAACAUUCAGCAGCUGUCUGUUUUGCCUGGCCUGUCAGAAGAUCCGUCUGUUGUGGGGUUGCUGCGAGUAAAUGAGCAGCAGGUACCGAUUGCCACAAAAGCAGUGCACAGAUGGCAGCACUGCACCAACAGGGACUCCUUGCUCCGCAUUCAUAAGUUGAUUUGUCAGCUAGAGAGCCAAGGAGUGAUCAGCAGAAGCCACUCUCCUUUUAACAGCCCCAUAUGGCCAGUGCGUAAAGCCAGUGGAGAACGGAGGCUGACGGUAGACUACCGUGGCCUGAAUGAAGUCACACCCCCACUGAGUGCUGCUGUGCCGGACAUGUUAGAACUGCAAUAUGAACUGGAGUCAAAAGCAGCCAAGUGGUAUAUGCCACCAGUGACAUCGCUAAUGCCUUCUUUUCCAUUCCUCUGGCCACAGAAUGCAGGCCGCAAUUUGCCUUCAGCUGGAGGGGCGCUCAGUCUACUUCGAACCGUUUGCCCCAGGGGUGGAAACACAGCCCAACCAUUUGCCAUGGGUUAAUCCAAACUGUACUGGAACAGGGCAGUGCUCCUGAGCACCUGCAGUACAUUGAUAGCAUCAUUCUGUGGGGUGAUACAGCAGAGAACGUUUUUGAGAAAGGAGAGCAAAUAAGCCAGACCCUUCUGCAAGCUGGUUUUGCUAUCAAGCGAAGCAAAGUGAAAGGACCUGCGCAGGAGAGUCGGUUCCUAGGUAGAAAGUGGCAAGAUGGGCGCCGUCACAUCCCAGCAGAUGUGAUGGACAAAAUCACUGCCGUGUCUCCGCCCAUUAGUAAGAAAGAGACACAAUCUUUUCUGGGUGUGGUGGGCUUUUGGAGAAUGCGCGUUCCAAACUAUAGCCUGUAGGAGCGUGGCUCAGGGAGCAAGCAGUUGUGAGCUUGAGUGCUAUGUGCAUAACCCAGUCUGUGAGACCUUGAAGCUGUCAAAGCAGGAAGACAAACUGAGGCUUCACUUAAGAUAAGGGGGUAGCUAGCCUGGGAAGAGAUCAAGACAGUGGAAUGUGAAGAACAGUGAAAA